AUGCCCAAAAUCAAUAAAGAAAUAGAGAUCCAGAUUGAGAAAGCAAUGGACUCUCUCUCUGAGCAAUCUAAACCCAAUAUUGCAAAAACUGCGCGAGAAUUCGCGGCCCCCGAAGGUCGACUCCGACGGCGAUGGAAAGGUGGAAAAUCGCUUUUUCAAAGACAACCCAAUGGCCGGAGGCUUAAUUCCAUACAAGAGCAGGCUUUAUGUGAAUAUAUCAAUUACUUUGAUACGGUCGGAGCCUCGAUAAAUCGCCGUCAAAUUGCUAUUGCAGCCAAUUCAAUCCUCGAAGAAGACCACCAUGACGAGAGCGAACCGCCCCCUCAAAUCGGCGACCACUGGCUAAAACGUUUUCUCAAACGUAAUCCUGAGUACUAUGUACGACGGAGGAAGGCUCUUGAUGUUGAAAGAAGUGCUGCACUUGAUAAAUCUGUUGUUGAGAGGUGGUUUCAAGACUAUAAACAAGUGGUGACUGAGCACGGUAUAUGCCAGCAAGACAUCUACAAUUUUGAUGAAACUGGCUUUCAAAUUGGUGUCGGACGUGAUCAAUUUAUCAUUACUAGACAUCCAAAACAGAAGCUAUUCAAUGGAUCUAUCACAAACCGAGAAUCUGUGACUGUUUUGGAGGCUGUCUCUGCUGAUGGUUUUGCCUGCCCGCCGCUUAUUAUUUUAAGUGCAAAGCAAGCCUUAGCACGCUGGUUUGAUGCUAUUAAGGAAGAUGAGCAUCUAGCUGUCACUGACACCGGCUAUAUCAAUGAUACCUUAGCAUUCCAGUGGAUUCAGCUAUUCCAUAAGUGGACUAUUGGCCGUACACUAGGUGCAAAAAGGCUUGUGUUAUGCGACCGUUUUGGAGCCCAUAUGACGCGUCAAUUCGUCCAAUUUUGUGAGAAGAAUAAUAUCAUUUUAUUCUUUUUACUCUCGCAUACUAGUCAUGUAUUACAGCCUCUCGAUGUCGGAGUGUUUAGUGUUUAUAAACACUGGCAUAGUGAGGCUGUCGAGGCCGCAACAAUGACUGGAUGCCGCAAGUUCUCAAAGGAUGAAUUCCUACAUUCCAUAGGGGAAAUUCGUCGAAAAACCUUCAAACCGCAUACAAUUAAGCUUGGAUUUAAAUUGACAGGCCUUUGGCCUAUUAAUUCUAAGCUUAUUACCGACGAAUUUGAGUCAUACGAUCCAUACUAUGACAAUCUAUACCGGUCGAAUACACCAUCAAUAAACUCACAAAACACUGAGUUUAGCACCCCAAAAACCGCUGAAAAAAUGAGAAGAAUAAGCCUACGGCUUAAUCAAUAUGAUCCUACAACUCAGCAUUUCAAAGAGGGGUUGGCAAAGCUUGCAAAAGGUGCUGAGGCGCAGGCUACUUUAGCUCUCCAGCUACAGCGGGAAUUCGAUCGAACACAAGCUAUCAUGGGAGCUCGCCACGCCCGGUAUGAUGCAUCUCGCCGUCAUGUACGGAUUACCGGCAUCAUGAAUUCAAACCAGCUCAAAGAAAUAAAGCGAAAAGAAUAUAAACUGAGCGAAAAAGCCGAUCAAGAGAAAACGAGGCGGAAGUGGAAGAAGGUAUUGGUCGAAAUCAGGAAGCAUGGAAGGGCCAAAAAACGCAGUGGAAAUUAA